CGGCCCCCCCCCCAAAAAAGAGGAAGGCUCGUGGGCAUCGCGCGCGAGACACGGGAGUUAAGGUCGCCCGCGCUCCACGGACGGCCCAUGAUUCUCGCGUGGAGGGAGGAAAAGCGGGGAGGAGAAAUAGGAGACCGGGAACGAAAAGGCCUUCGGUUCUGGGGCCGCUGGCGCGUAGUCGGGCCUUCUCUGAGGAAGGUUCGCAGUGCGCCUGCGUGGAGCGGGCCUUGCUCUCUCGCUUUAUCGCCUCGCUUCGUGGACCGCAGGGUUUUUGCCGCGACGCUGGCCCGUAACUUCAGACUCCUUCCUGUUGCCUAAGCUGAAAGACUGACGGAUAGUGGCCCGGCCGAGCCGGCGCGCGGGAGGAACUUCAAAGAAGCUUCUUCAUCGCUGGUUUUUUUUUUCCUCGCCUCCCCGCCGCCAGCACCACUGCCGCUUCCAGCGGCCAUGGGUCCCACAUCCCUGUUAUGGAGGCGGUACUGGCGGCGGCGGUGGCUGAGUGACUGAAAACCUAGUGCUGUGGGGGAGAAGGCAGCGGAGGCCACGGGGGUCUCCCUGGCGGUGUGUGGUGUCGUGCUGACGGUGUUUUUAACCCUUAGAUGGUCUCUAGCGAGCCGUUGUUGCUGCCUGUGUCACUGGAGGGCGAGUUCUCCAAUAGCAUGAAGGAGAUGAUCGGCGGCUGCUGCGUGUGCUCCGACGAGAGGGGCUGGGCCGAGAACCCGCUGGUUUACUGCGACGGGCAUGGCUGCAAUGUCGCAGUGCAUCAAGCAUGCUACGGAAUUGUGCAAGUACCCACUGGACCCUGGUUUUGUAGAAAAUGUGAAUCUCAGGAAAGAGCAGCCAGAGUGAAAUGUGAGUUGUGCCCUCACAAAGAUGGUGCUUUAAAGAGGACUGAUGGUGGGGGUUGGGCUCAUGUGGUUUGUGCUCUGUACAUUCCCGAGGUGCAGUUUGCAAAUGUUUCUACAAUGGAACCUAUCGUGUUGCAGUCUGUUCCUCAUGAUCGUUAUAAUAAGACAUGUUAUAUAUGUGAAGAGCAAGGCAGAGAAAGCAAAGCAGCUUCAGGUGCUUGCAUGACCUGUAAUAAACAUGGAUGUCGUCAAGCUUUCCAUGUAACAUGUGCACAGUUUGCAGGACUUCUUUGUGAAGAAGAAGGUAACGGUGCAGACAAUGUCCAAUACUGUGGUUAUUGUAAAUACCAUUUCAGUAAACUGAAAUAUAAAGAAAAGGAAAAGCAUAGACAAAAACAUAAGAAGCAAACAGAUUCUUCUCCAUCCUUGGUUCCUUCCCUUACUGUAACUACAGAGAAAACUUUUAGUUUUACACAAAAUAAUUCCGUAAAAAUCAAGCUGAGGCGGAUGGAGGAUGAAACAAGCUAUUACUCAAAUAUGUAAAAUAUUUCUGCUCAUGGUUAAUUUCAGGAAGUCUCUGCACAUGCUUCAAGUGGCAAAGAUGUUUCAGAGGCCAGAGGUUCAGAGAGCAAAGGGAAGAAGUCAGGAGGUCAUAAUUCAGGUCAAAGGGGAAGAAAGCCUGGUGCUGCCAGGACUCCUGGAACUGCAGUAUCAGCAGCUUGUACUUUUCAACAAGGAAGUUUUUUGGGAACUCCAAACAGUACAAAGUCAUCCUCUGGAAGUUCUGUUCAAUCUCCCCAGGAUUUUUUGAGCUUUACAGACUCAGAUCUACGUAAUGACAGCUAUACUCAUUCUCAGCAAACUUUGUCAACCAAAGAUGUAUAUAAAGGAGAGAUUGGAAGUCAGGAAGGUGGUUUGAAUUGCUUUACUUCCUUAAUUAAUCUUCCUUCAACCUCAACUGUUUCCUCCCAGCCUACUAUUUUUGACAGUUCACCUGGAGAGUUAGGUAGUUCAAACCUUACACUAACAGGAUACAAACGUGCUCAGUCAUCUGGGAUAGAAGACGAAACCAUAAAGGAAAAGAAACGAAAAGGAAAUAAGCAAUGUAAGCAUGGGCCUGGUCGGCCCAAAGGAAAUAAAAGUCAGGAGAAUAUUUCUCACCUAUCAGUUUGUUCAGCCUCCCCAACAUCAUCAGUAGCAUCUGCUGCAGGAAGCCUAACAAGCUCUAAUCUGCAGGAGUCUCCAACAUUGCUCAGAAAUGGAAGUCUACAAAGUCUCAGUGUGGGUUCCUCCCCUAUUGGUUCAGGCAUUUAUAGCAGUAAUGAAGUAGCAGUAUCUUAUCCAAAUGCAGUCUCUGGCUCAGGAUCUAGCACUCCUGUUUCCAGUUCACAUUUACCUCAACAGUCAUCUAGUCAUGUGCAGCAAGUGGGAACUUUGUCUUCUACACCUUCUGUAACUACAGCUGUUGCUGCAACUCAAGCAUUACCUGGAUCUUCUCUUGGCCUUCCUCCCUCACAUGUCUAUGGCAAUAGGUUAAAUUCCAACUCGACAAUGGCAUCACAUACCACAGAAGCUGAAAACAUUCAGUUAGAUCAAGAUCUUGGAGACAAUAGCCGGAGCCUGGUUGGAAGGGGAGGUUCACCCAAAGGAAGUAUUUCACCACGGUCUCCUGUAAGCAACUUACAGAUUCGUUAUGAUCAAUCUGGAAAUAGCAGUGUAGAACAUUUGCCUCCAACACCAUCUACUAUAGAACAACUUCUGGAGAGGCAGUGGAGUGAGGGACAACAGUUCUUGCUGGAACAAGGAACUCCCAGUGAUAUUUUAGGCAUGCUGAAAUCUUUACACCAGCUUCAAGUUGAAAAUCGCCACUUAGAAGAACAGAUUAAAAAUCUAACUGCUAAAAAGGAGCGCCUCCAGCUCUUAAAUGCCCAGCUUUCAGUUCCUUUCCCAACAAUAACAACCAACCCAAGUCCUUCUCAUCAAAUGCCUACAUUUUCAGCACAGACUGCUGUUAGCUCUGAUUCUCUAAACAGCAGCAAAAGCCCUAACCUGGGAAGCAGUUUUCUACCUGACAAUUCCCUCCCUGUAUUAAAUCAGGAAAUACAUUCCAGUGGACAAAGCACUAGCAGUUCCUCUGCUCUUUCCACUCCACCACCUGCUGGGCAAAGUCCAGCUCAGCAAGGCCCAGGAGUUGGAGGAGUUCAACAGGUCAAUGGUGUGACGGUGGGGGCACUUGCCAGUGGAAUGCAAACUGUAACAUCCAACAUUCCCACAGUGGGUGGAAUAAUUGGAACUCUGCCAGGUAACCAGCUGGCAAUCAAUGGAAUCGCUGGGGCUUUAAAUGGAGUAAUUCAGACUUCUGCUACAAUAUCACAGAAUCCUUCUCCUCUAGCUCACACAGCUGUGCCACCAAAUGCAGUGCAUCCUCUGCCAACCACACUCAGUAACAGAACCUCUGGACUUGGAUUUCUUCCUGACCAGCAGAGACAACUGUUGCUGCAUCAACAACAGCAGCAAUUUCAUCACUUACUAAAUACUCAACAAUUCACAUCAGAACAGCAUCAGGCUCUUCUGUAUCAACUAGUGCAACAACAUCAACCUGAAGUACAGCAACUGCAGCUUUCAGGAGCCACACAGAUUCCCAUUAAUAACUUGCUGGCAGUCUCUCAGGCAUCUCCACUUCACCCAGCUGCUACUAACCCAUUCCUUGCAGUUCAUGGGGAUAAUGCAGCUCCAAAAGUCUCUAGGCUUAGUGAUAAAAGUGGAUCCCUUGCACCGGAAAAAAAUUAACACUUGGAAGUGUAUGUAAAAUUGCAAAUCCUGCUGAUAGCACUUCAUCUGGCUGUGAGUUGCACUCUCUCUCUGCAGGUAUGAUGAGACACAUCAAUGAGCUAACUGCACACUGGAAAAGUGAAUCUACCUGAAGAUGUUUAUUGUAAAAUUUGACCUUGUUGCUUUGUGUUGCACUGAAACUGAACUGUUUCCAUCAAAUUGCCUGGAAGCUUGGAUUUCGGAUUAGAGCACUGUCAGUUCAGUCAACUGAUCAGAAUUCAGUUGCUGACUUUACACAAACUGCAGUGCUAAAAAUCAGAUUUUAGUUCCAUCACUUGUUUGAAGAAAGCAAAGAAAAUAUGAAAUUUUUGCCAAUGACAUGGUGGUUUGUCAUCAGUGUUUUAGAAGCACCAUUUUUUCUUCAGAAAAGAACCAGAUUUUAAGUCAUUUAUUUUAUCUUACUAGUUUUUAAAAUGUUUUUAAUGAAAACAUUUAAGAAAUGACAAGUAAUACUUAAUUUUGAGAUGGAUUUUUCAAAAUCACUGGAAAAACAUCUGUUGAAAGUCAUAGAACUCUUACCAGAUGAGAAAGGUAACUCCUGGUAGUAUUUAAUGUAACCCAAGUGCCUGUUGCUUCCCUUUGUUAGGGUUAGGGAUGGCUUUAGACAGCUGGGCAUGCACUAAAAUGAGAUAAAAAAGCCGCAAGCAUAUUCAACUUUGCACCAGCAGCCCUCCUUUCUGAUCUGCCUUUACUAGAAGUGUUUGUCACUAUCGAUAGCUCAGGCAAAUCGUUACCUGGGUUGCUUUCCACUAAUAAAUUACCAAAAAAAAAAAAAAAGGGGGGGGGGGUCCAUUGCUGUGAAAUGUUAAUGGAUGAAAGAGACAUAUUUCACUUUGAAAAGUUAAUUUCAUGGUAUGACUAUGCAGUAAAACAGGAAAUAGUUUUAAUUUGAGAGUUAAACCACUAAUUUGAGUCUGUGUGAGUUAUUAGUGGAAAAUACUCAAGUAUACUUAGACCUUCACUGUGUACUUAAUUGGAAGAACCUAUUGUUUCUGCAAUAUUGUUCGGUUAAACAUUGCACAGUUCUUACCUCAUUUCUGUAAAUAAGUUUUUGUGACUGUUUUGUAUUGUGAAGAAUUCAUAAAAUGUGGAUAUUUUAAUUUGUAAAAUUUCUAACUGGUAGUUUUAAUUGAAAGGUAAGAAUAAUUUAUUUUUAUAUAUUAAUGGCAAGUUUUUAAGUCACAAAUCACUUUUGUAGAUAAAUUUACUAAAGUAAAUCAGUGUGGUUUAAUAUAUUUAAACCACUUGUUUAAUAUUCUGUAAUAAUUUGUAUAAAUGUUGUUUUGCCUAGAUGUAAAAUUGCCAAUUUAUAUAAAGAUAUGUACAAAGCUUUGGUUAAUAAAUUUUAAUAUUGUUUAUGGCUGUAAAUUGCAAUACAUGAUACAGACUUCAUCAGAGGAAUGCAUUAGUCACUGUGUCUAAGCCAAGUCCUAUUACAAGCAUGCUUUUAAUGCAUACUGAGAGAUGUCCAAAUCAUGUUCUUUUAAAUGGAAUUUAAACAGGCCUAUUCUAAUGUGGAUACUCUAACAAAAAUAUAUAGCCAGAAUGGAAAGUCCAGUUCCUACUGCAGCAGAAAGUGCCUUGACAUGAAAGAGUUAUCUUUCUUGAGAAAAAGGUCAUUUUACAAUGUUUGAUAUCCUUUCACCCAAUAGAAAAAAUUGUGUAUUAGUUAUAAGGAAAAAUGUGCUACCACACACCACUAUAUCAUCACAAAGAAAACAGGCACAAUUGGCUUCUUAAAUUUUGAGAAACGUAUGGUUUUAGCACUUUAAAAAAAAGAUUGACAUCCUCAUCUUACCAUGGCAUUAGUAUGAAAUGUGGAAAUUUUUAGGCUGAAAGCAGUAGUUUUCUCUCUUACAUAUACCACAAGGCUAAAAACUUGAGGAUUCUUUCUGGUAUAAUGGAAUUAUUCUUAUUUGGAAUGAAGGCUUGCCUUCAUCAUGAGUACCAGCCACCAGCAAACAAAGCUUGGACUAUACAAAUGCAAAUAUUUUUUUCUUUUUUACUUAUAUUUCACAACUGGAAUAUAUAUUUUAAGUUGUGGCUACGUCUAUAUAUAGAGUGUAGGAAUGCCUGAAAUGUCACACAUAGUCUGACAUCUAAUGGGAUUAUAUCUUGGGUUAAUAUACCUGCCAUAGGAAAAAAAAAUCCACUUUUGAUGAAUUACUGACUAGGACUGAUCAUUUGAGGUUUCCAACUGUUGUGAUUUUUUUAAGUUAAGAAAGUCAUUUCUCAAUUAUUAAUGCUAUCCAGCUGUGUUCUGUGUAGAAACAAAGAUGGGCAACUUUACCUACCUGAAACUGAUUUACAGGUUUGAGGCAGCAAGGUCGGUUAUGGGGGCUGCAGUCAAGGAUUAACUGGAGGACCAAUUGUUAUAAUGUAAGGCAAUGGCUAUAAUUUGCUAUAUUGAAUUGUAUGGUCUGAAAAUAAAUAUAAAUAGGAUCCACAGUGAAGGCAAACAGAACGAAAUUAGAAAUUCAGUUCUCAUUUGUUGGUUCUCCAUAAAUCUCCAAAGGAGCAGUAGCAAUAGCACUUGGACUUAUAUACUGCUUCACAGUGCUUUAUAGCCCUCUCUAAAGGAUCUACACAGUCAAUGUAUUGUCCCCAACAAUCUGGGUCCUCAUUUUAUCGACCUUGGAAGGAUGGAAGGAUGAGUCAACCUUGAGCCGGUCAGGUACGAUGGAAUCAAAUUCCUGGCAAUGUGAGCAGUUAGCCUGCAAUAUUGUAUUCCAACCACUGCGCUAUCAUGCUCUGGCAUCUACAAAAUUUGUUGACUAAGAAUGGAACUUUUGUGGAAUUUUCUAUUUCAGAAUUGACUAAACUUUUCACUUCCCUACCUCUGCAUGUUCCAUUGGAAUAGGAUGAAUGUAAUGCCAAUGUUAUAUGAUAAUAAAACAGAAAGUGUAAUAUUCUUA